AUGAGCUCGUGGCUUUCGUUCGAGAACUUUCUUCACAGCCGCACCGCAACGUGGUGCCGCUACGGACUUGUUGCCUUCGGCAUCUUUGGCGUCGGGAGCGACUACUACCUCACGCACUACUACCAGGCCUUCGACCCCUCCGAAGGACGGCAGUACGUCGUGGACUGGAGCCCCAUCGGCAAGCCGCGGUGCCAAAUGCUCCUCAUCCCAAGCAACCGCUAUACCAACUACAGUCCAUGGACGCCCAAGAAUGGCGACGUCGUGCUCGCUCGAGAGGUGGAAGACGAGCCAAAUUACCUGCAGCUGCUUAACGGCCGUUUCGUGGAGCGGCAGACGUGCGGGGUUACGCUUCUACGACCAAUAGAGGAGGUGGCUCAGAGUAAGAGGGAGGAGCAGCUGGAUCACGAGAGACUGUUGUCGUACAUGUUCAGCACCGGCGACACGGUGCGGUCUUCGACUGGCCACUAG